AUGGCGGCGGCCGACGCGAAGCCGCGCCUCAACGUGCCGCCGUCCAUGGCGGCCGCGCUCCGCCUCGACCCCGUGGGGGCCGGCGCGGGGGCAUCCUCCUCGCCGUCACCCUCGCGCCGCCUCGCCGAGACACCCAAGACGCCCUCCCCGUCCAAGACCACCACCUACAGCGACCGAUUCAUCCCCUGCCGCUCCUCCUCCCGCCUACACAACUUCGCGCUCCUCGACUCCCCAUCCAAGGACGACACCACCUACUCCCGUCUCCUACGCGCCGAGCUCUUCGGCCCGGACUCGCCUCGCCCCGCCACCCCGGGCCCCGCCCCCGCCCCAGCCUCGCCCAACACCAACCUCUUCCGAUUCAAGAAAGACCACUCCUCCGCCGCCACAUCCCCCUUCGCCGCCCAACACGACUGCACCGCCGGAUCCGGAGAGACCACGGCAUCGCCGCAGAAGCCGCCCAGGAAAGUCCCAAAGACGCCGCACAAGGUCCUGGACGCGCCGUCCCUGCAGGACGACUUCUACCUCAACCUCGUCGACUGGUCCUCGCAGAACAUGCUCGCCGUAGGACUAGGGACCUGCGUAUACCUAUGGUCCGCGUCCAAUAGCAAGGUCACCAAGCUCUGCGAUCUGGGGCCCAGGGACAGCGUCUGCGCCGUGCAUUGGUCAAGGGAAGGCUCGUAUCUUGCCAUUGGCACCGGACUUGGAGAUGUCCAGAUCUGGGACAGCUCACGCUGUAAACGGAUUAGGAACAUGGGGGGUCACCAAACACGGACUGGGGUAUUAGCAUGGAGCUCCUGCAUAUUGUCCUCCGGUAGCAGGGACAAGAACAUAUUGCAGCAUGACAUCCGUGUCCCCAGGGACUAUGUCAGCAUGUUCUCUGGUCAUAGAUCAGAGGUCUGUGGACUAAAAUGGUCGCAUGAUGACCGAGAGCUUGCUUCGGGUGGAAACGACAACCAGCUACUAGUAUGGAACCAACGAUCGCAACAGCCGGUGUUGCGCUUGACAGAGCAUACAGCUGCGGUUAAAGCAAUAGCGUGGUCACCACAUCAGCAAGGCCUCCUGGCAUCAGGAGGUGGAACAGCUGAUAGGUGUAUCAGGUUUUGGAACACGGCUAAUGGAAAUGUUCUCAACUCAAUAGACACAGGCAGCCAGGUUUGCAACCUUGCCUGGUGCAAAAAUGUGAAUGAGCUCGUGAGCACACACGGGUAUUCUCAAAAUCAAAUCAUGGUGUGGAAAUACCCAUCUAUGUCAAAGGUUGCAACUCUAACCGGACAUACGAUGCGUGUGCUUUACCUUGCAUCGUCUCCUGAUGGCCAGACCAUAGUAACAGGAGCAGGCGACGAAACUCUACGAUUCUGGAAUAUUUUCCCAUCAGUGAAGACACAGACUCCUGUCCGCGAUAUUGGGCUCUGGUCAUUCUCAAGAAGCCACAUCCGGUGAUGAGCGGGCCUGGAGGCGGCCGAUCAAGAUACAGAUAUGCUUCUUUAUUGGGAAGCAACAUAUAGUAAUUCUGUUUACAUGUGCAGCUAGGUAGUUUGUUGAGUGAUUUUUGUAAAUUGUGAGGCCUGAUCAUUCAUUCAUUCAUUCAUUGUUGUUGUUUUGUGUGUGAGUGACAUUAACGUAACCUAUUGGAUUGUUUGAGGUAGAGAAAGGUUGGCUGAUGAUGUAUGAGAUACUAUUUGACGAUUGACAAAAUAGAGCUGAAACAGAAGUUGUAUGCUGAA